AUGAUGCAGUAUGAUAGAAAUCGAGUUGAUGCGAAGCGCCGGGCUGGGAUUGAUCAUAAAAAACGACAGUUUGCAUCUCCAGUCUAUAAGCAGCUUCAUUAUUCACAUCGCUUAAACUUCUAUGAAGUCCCCCCGACAGCUGAAAUCACCCUUGAACAAUUUGAACAAUGGGCCAUUGAUCGGCUUAGAGUUUUGUCUGAGCUUGAAGCAUGCUCCUAUCGAAACAAGUCCCCGGCGGAAACAGCUGCCCAUAUCGCCCCGCUGCUGAAGAAAUUCCUCCCGUUGAGCUCAAACACGUCCCUUGGUACCGGUAGUGACGAUGUUCUUCAAGUCGAGAGACAGAAGGAUCACUAUUCACAUUUUAUAUUACGGCUCGCUUUUGCUUCAACCGAUGAUUUAAGGCGGCGCUUCAUCCGUUUGGAGUCGAUGCUGUUUAAAUUCCGUUUCCAACAGGACGAUGCACGAGAACGGCGCGAAUUCGUCGAUAGUUUACACUUGAACUGGGAGACAGUGACUGAUGAGGAAAAGGCAGAACUGGGCGAAGCGUUAUUAGCAUCGACUCCCGGUGUCAGAUGGGUCGACGACGAGAGUUGGUUCAAGGUAGACUGGGAAGCCGUCCCAGAAUUAAUUGAGCGACGAAGUAUAUAUGUGAAGAAGGGAAAGGCAUAUGUGCCAUUGCGUGAGCAACUCAGCAUGAUACUCGCAGAAUUCACUGCCCGUCUAGAAAAGGCUAUGGAACUUACGAGCCGUGCGUUGCCUCGACUUGAUGAAGACGAUCGUCUAUCACCGAUUCUCACACAUUUAUCGAAAAACUUUGGAACUGCCGACUCUUCUUACUCUGAAGGAGAGGGCGCUGUUCCCGGAGCCCCAAUAAAUGCGGCCUCAAUUGACGUUCUUUCACAACAUUUCCCACUUUGCAUGCGGAAUCUACAUAUGCAACUUCGGAAAAACGCUCACUUGAAACAUUUUGGACGACUUCAAUAUACCCUUUUCCUCAAGGGCAUUGGUCUGACACUCGAUGACUGUUUGGUUUUUUGGAGGCGCUCGUUCCGAAACCUGACAGACGAUGAGUUCAAUUCAAGAUAUAAAUACAACGUUCGCCAUGCUUACGGAGAUGUUGGUGGUGAUAUCAACCGGAGAGGACGAGGAUAUCCACCGUAUUCCUGCCAAAAAAUCCUCACCGACAAUGCACCAGGCACUGGCCAGACUCACGGGUGUCCCUAUAGACAUUUUUCACCCGAUAACCUAAUUUCGCUGCUUGAAACGGUUGGCAUCACAGACGGAGAGACCCUUCGCGGCGUACGAGACGAUGUCAGCCGAACCCGUUAUCACAUUGCAUGCAAUCGAGUGUUUGAACAUGUUCAUAAGAAUGAACUAAAAAAAGUGCGUGAUGAAGGGAUAUGGAGUCAAACCGAUCUCGACACUAUCGUCCAUCCGAAUGUUUACUUCAAGCGUAGCUAUCUGCUGAAAAAUCUCAACAAUGCACCCAAGACAGAGGUUGAAAUGACAUCGUGA